AUGGACGACGCAGUAUCAGCCGUUGUUGGUCCCUGUAUUGCAUGCCAAGCUACUGUGAAUACGCCAUCACAGGAACCAGUAAAAUCUACACAGCUUCCAAAUGGUCCGUGGAAAAGCUUAGCAGUUGACUACUAUGGACCGCUACCAUCGGGAGAUUAUGUGUUGGUCGUUAUAGACGAAUAUUCAAGGUUUCCUGAGAUCGAAUUUACAACAUCAACAUCGGCUAAAGCAACUAUUCCAAAGCUGGACCGCAUUUUCUCGUCCUAUGGUAUUCCAAUUCAGCUGAAAAGUGACAAUGGCCCCCCAUUUAACUCGAAAACCUUUAGCGAUUACUGUGAAUUUAUGGGAAUUCAACAUAACAACAUUACCUCCCUCCACCCACAAGCUAAUGGAUUGGUUGAAAAUUUUAACAGAAUGAUAAACAAGGUAGUGCGCACUUCUUCGAUUGAGCGGAAAUGUUGGAAAGAGGAACUCCUUAAAUUCCUUCGGAAUUAUAGAGCAACGCCACACACCACAACAGGUAAAAGUCCGACUGAGCUACUGUUCCAAACACGACCGUAUCGAGUACGGUUGUCCGAGCUGUCAACGUCACAUGACACCGAUAACGAGGUACGUGAAAGAGAUGCGGAAAAGAAAUUGCAAGCCAAGCAGUAUGCAGAUCGAAAGUCUUAUGUUAAAUCGUCUAACCUUAAAGUUGGUGAUCUGGUCCUGGUGCGUAAUGAACGAAAAGGAAAGUUGCAGCCAGUAUAUGCUCCUAAACCAUAUACAGUGACAGCGACAAAAGGUACAAUGAUUACCGCCUCAAGAGUUAAUCCAAGACACGUUAUUACUCGAAAUUCGUCAUUCUUUAAACUGCUCAAAGUACCUAGCAAUGAAUGUGGUAGCGGUGGUAUUAAAAUGAAUGGAACAUGUGAUGAGUGUGAUGUAUUCGAGAGCAACAUAAUACAUCCAGAGCAGUUGGGAGGGGAGGAAGAGAUCCAUGCAAACGAACAGGGUGAUAAUUUGGUCGGUGAGGCAGAAGAAGCAGUCGAUAAUUGGGUUGGUGAUCAUGAGGCAGAGGAGGCAGUCGAACAGCGACAAGAUGACAGGGUAAGGAGACAGGAUGUAGAGGUGGAUAUACAGCAAGAGGAAUAUGAGGAUGGAAGCGGACAUGUGCAAGGUGGUCGACUUCUACGACAGAGAAGAGCCCCAAGAUGGCACGAAGAGUACGAGAUGGGAGAAGAUUACUGA